AUGUCGUUAUACGCAUGCAAGCUCUCCGACAGACACCUUCAGACCUUCUUCACAAGUGCCCUGCUGCAGGACGGUGCGUGUGUGGCACCCUGGCAGUGCCAGUGCACGGAUUCGCUGGGGAACGCCUGGGCACCGGGGAGCAGGCAGCAGGUCGACUGCAACAAUUGCACCUGUGCUGAGGGCUGGAUCACCUGCUCCAACCUCACCUGCGCGGCCUGGGACUGUGCGUGGAGUCAGUGGUCCACCUGGUCAUCCUGCAGUCUCAGCUGUGGGACUGGCGCCCGUUCCCGCUUCCGAUCACCAACAUCGCAAUCACCUGACAGGAAAUGUGAGCAGCAUCAAGCAGAGACCAAACCAUGUGACCAGGGCCCGUGUCCAGCCCUGUGUCUUCAUGAAGAGCAGGAGAUGCAGGUUGGAGAGAGCUGGUUUGUUGGCGAAUGCAGGCAGUGCCUGUGCACACCAGAGGGGAUCUAUUGCCAACCGCUGGAAUGUCGAGUGGACGGAGGGUGGACACCCUGGUCACCGUGGUCUGACUGCCCAGUCACCUGCGGCUGGGGAAUGCAGACCAGCACACGGGCUUGUAUCAACCCUCCACCUCGCAACCUGGGCCUGGACUGUGAAGGUCUCAGCUUUCAAACCAGGAACUGCAGCGUCACACGCUGCCCAGAUGGUGAGAGCUGCCACUGGUCGGAGUGGAGUGCGUGUCCCACCUGUGGGCCCGGUUACAGGAGCAGAAGCUGCUCAGACACUGGGGAGGAGCGGCAGGAAGUGGAGCCGUGUUACAGCCAGCCAUGUGCAGUUGACUGUGAGCUGAGCCUGUGGAGUGAAUGGUCAGCGUGCUCGUGCAGUUCCCCAGUGCAGCACCGAUAUCGUCUUGCCCAUGGACCCCUGUUUGGGGGGAGACCCUGCAGAGGGCGAGAGAAGGAGUCCAGAGUCUGUCACCAAAUGGAGUGCGCAGAUGCCAAGUGUGACAGUCCAUUUGAGCACCGAACAUGUGGACACGGCUGUGGUCAUUGCUCGGACCUCGGCCAAAGCCACCAAUGUGACCUCUCUGGGCAGAAGUGUGUCGCAGGCUGCUAUUGUCCAGAGGGUCUCUGGGAACAGGACCACCAAUGUGUCCCAUCGUCUGAGUGUGAGUGUGUUCACCACCUUCACCAGUCGGGCGGCCAUACAGCCCCAGUGCCCUUGCGUGUUCCACCCGGAGCCACCGUUCUAAUUGGUUGUAACGUUUGUUUAUGCAAAGAAGGUGUGAUCCAGUGCACAAAUCACAGUUGCACAGGUGAGGUUGAGGUCAGUGAGUGGUCAGACUGGACGGGUUGUGCUCCGUGUGUGCCUCGGUCCGCCCUGAGCCAGUCCUCAGUUGCGGGCUGGCCCAGACACCGGCUCAUCAUGCUGAACAUCACACAGCUCCCUGCAGCGGCCCAGAACCUACUGAGGGAGGAGAGGUUCCGAGUGUGCCUGGCGUCUGCCUCGGGGCAGCCUGUCAACGGGAGUCGAUGCAGUGAACAUCUCGUGGAGAAUCGGACGUGCACCAACCUUACAAUCUGUAGCGAUGAGUGUUCCUGGGGCCCCUGGGAUGAGUGGAGUCCAUGCCGUGAACCUUGCAGUGGGGGAUACCGCAUCAGGCAACGCAGCCAAGCUCACCCGCAAGACACAGAGAACUGUCAAGAACCCAAGUUCCAAUCGGAGAGUUGCAACACUGCCAUGUGCCCAGGAGAGCUCUGUGAAGACCGAGAAAAAGAGUUUGUGUCGUGUGCCAAUCCCUGUCCGCGGACCUGCACUGACUUGUGGGACCAUGUGCAGUGUCUCCAAGGAUUAUGUAAACCAGGUUGCCGAUGCCCUAGGGGGCAGUUACUGCAGGAUUCCAGCUGUGUGUUAAUCUCAGAGUGUCGCUGUGGACUGCCCAGCUCAAACCGCACUGUGGAACAUCAGCCCGGAGACAGGGUUGUUGUCCCUUGUGGCACCUGUGCCUGUGUGAAUGGGACAUUUGACUGCAGUGAUUCGCGCUGUGCAGAGCAGAACUCCUGGUCCGCGUGGAGCCAGUGUUCGCAGAGCUGUGGAGGAGGUGAGCGGAUCCGCAGUAGAAGCUGUGGAGGACCCGGAACUCCCUGCCAAGGAGGAAGCAUUCAGACAGCAGAGUGCAACCAGGUGCCUUGCCAAGGCUGUCCAGAGACGCAGGUCUUCAGCAGCUGUGCCAACAUCUGUCCACGCACCUGCUCAGAUCUCCGAGCUGAAGUGGAAUGCCAGCAAGAAGCCUGCAAGCCUGGGUGCCUGUGUCCACAGGGGCAGUUUCUGCAGGGCGAGGUAUGUGUGUCUCCUGAAGAUUGUCGUUGUUCCUUACUGAGCUCGCAAACACCACGGCUUGGUAACAUUUCACACCGCGAUUACCCACCGGGAGCAGUGAUCCACGAUCGGUGCAGUGUGUGUGUAUGCCAGAAAGGAGUUUUCCAUUGUUCCAAAUCAGACUGUGAAGAGUGUCCCGAGGGUGAGAUUUGGAAUGGGGGGCCGAUGGAUUCCCAUUCCUGUGAGCGAUCGUGCCGCGAUGUUCAUGACGUGACCGUGGCAAGUUGUGGUUCAGCUGGCAAAGACUGUGUGUGUGAUGCCGGGAGAUACAGAAACAUGUCUGGCUUCUGUGUGACUGCAGCAUACUGCGAGUGUAUCGUCGGUGACACCAUCUACCCGCCAGGGUACGAAUGGGCAGAUGGUUGUGAACAGUGUCGAUGUCUCAAUGGAAGAAAGGUUUGUUCUGCUGGGUGUCCACCACUAUACUGCCUUGAGGGCUAUGUGAAAGUAGUGGAUCCUGGGGAAUGUUGUCCUGUCUGCAGAAAGGAAGUGCCUGAUGAUUCCUCCACAAUGUGUCAACGUUACACCGAAAUGCGGAACAUAUCCAAGGGUCAUUGCUGGCUGGAGAAUGUGCUGGUCAACUCCUGCACCGGGAGCUGCCUGUCCCAAGUUCAAGUCAUCCCAGAGGAGCCAUACCUACAGAGCCAGUGUGAGUGCUGCAGUUACCACCUGCACCCCGACAACCCUGUGCAGUUCAUCAACUUGCAGUGUGAGAACGGAGACGUGGAAUCCAUCGUUCUGCCAGUUAUUCACAGCUGCGAGUGUAGCAGUUGCCAAGGUGGAGACUUCAGCAGACGAUGAUGUUAUUGCCAAUGGCUUCCACACAAAGAUUCAUGGAUAUUUCCAUUCGCUCGUUUAAAUGAGGAUUUUUUUUAGGAGAGAUUACGUGGAAGAUCUGCAAAAUUUGUCAAAUGUCUUUGUUUUUAAACUGAGCGGAGAGCUCAUUGUUAAAAUCUGUGUAGUUUUUAAUAAAAUGGCUUAAGCCGUU